AUGUCUGGGCCCCGUGAAGUGUCCAGCAACUUUGCAUGCCAUGGUAAUUCUUCGGAUGAGUUGAAGAAGAAGGGCAACAAUGCUAUUCCUGUGCCGUGCAUAUCGGGUUGCGUCCCGAAGGAUGGCCGCCAGGAACUUGGUACAAUCCACAUGAAGAAGUGUCGCUUGAUCUCCGAUCACACUUUCGAUUCUGUCUAUUCGUUCGAGGAUUUCAUAGAUGCUAUUCUUGCGCUUGGUCUUCUCAAAACGUUGGGGUAUCCCCAGCAUGACAGCCCAUACUCGACGUUUAGAAGAGAGACCGUGACCGGGUCUAGGAAGUCAAACAUCUCUGCUGCACAUCACCACCCUGGGCCACCAUAUACUUUGCGAUAUGAAGCGAAAAUCGUAGGUCAGCCACCGAGCUACGUGUACAACGUCGAUCAAGCGGAACUCGGAGUGUCCUAA